AUGCACUUUUCAAGCCUUUUAACCCCGGUGGCAAUUGCUCUCUUGAGCGUAUCCGAACUUGCAUCCGCUCAUGUUGUUUUCGUUAAGGCUGUGGGAAGUGGCGAUGACAGCUUUGCCGGUUACGGACUGGGUUACGAUCCGGCAAACAGACGAGAUGGGGGUGGUUUUUUCCCUUGGCAGAAAGAUGUAUCAGUUUUCGACAGUAAAAACGUUCACACUAAAUGGAACAAAAACUAUAAUAAUUAUGGAUGCGGAGUUACUACCGACUCUCUUGUUACCCAGGUACAGAAGGUCAACCAAGCGGAGUGGCAAGAUGUAGCAAAAAAGGGGGCCGCAUGGCCAUGGCCCUACAAGGACACUAUAUCUGAAGGGUAUAACGACAUUAAAUGGGGGAUUGACCACAUGGCUUGGUUGGAGUGGGGCCAAAAAACUAGAUAUGACAAUGCUCUUAAACAGACUCUCAAAACUGGUAUUCCGAAGGUCGUUCCAGGUGGAAAAGUAAAGAUCACAGCCUGGAUGGUAAACCAGGACGGCGGUGGUCCAUUCAGAUGCUUCAUCGACUAUAAAGGUAAUGCGAAUCAGUGGUCAGCCUGGGACCUGCCAAUAACUACAAACUGCGAAGGUAAUGCCGAAUCUAUACGUUCGUGGGGCGCCCCGGCGCCAUGCGACAUUGAGGUCACAUUACCCGCGAACAUGAACUGCGAGGGAACUUACACCGCCCCAAGAAUUUGCAUCCUUAGAUGUCAAAACUAUGCUGAGAACGGCCCUUUUGGAGGAUGUGUUCCCAUCCAACAGCUCCAACCUGUUGUGAAGGAAGUGGUACAGGCGAAACCAGUUCCGGUUCCGGUCGUCCAACCUGUCGAGCCCGUUGUGCUUCCUCCCGAGCCUGUCACCGUCACGAAGAACAACCUAGUCACGAUUAUCAAAGACGAUCAUACUACGGUUUCUGUCGUCACUAAGAAUAGCGUUCUCACUCUGACUCAAGUUAUUCAGCCACCACCAAAAACAACGGUAGAAAUUCAGACCAAAAUAGUUACUAUUAAGACAAAGGUUUUGCCCACGAAAAAGCCUACGGAUAUCGGAAAACCUAUUACGCCUACUGCCAGGCCACCAACAAAUCAAAAGCCUACUUAUGAAGAACUUGAAGCGGGUCUCGGUGGAGAGGACUAUGAUGAUGAUGUCAUCGAGGAACUGAAGAACACACCUAUCACUGAGGAGGAAAAGAAAAAGCUUAAGAAACAAGUUGGUCAGAAGAAUGAAUCUCCGGACGGCUACUAUAAGCAAAAGCUUAGGUUCCACCGAGAUUAA